GUUUACCUUUCCUCUGUCUGGCCUUUAGCUCUUAUUAAGCUGGUGAAUGGCACUAACACUUGUUCUGGCAGAGUGGAGGUUUUCUAUGAUGGCCGAUGGGGAACAGUGUGUGAUGAUGGCUGGGAUUCUACACGUGCUGCAGUGGUGUGUAAAGAACUGGGCUGUGGAGAUGUUAUAGAGGCAAAGAGUGCUGCUUAUUUUGGACAGGGAUCAGGGCCAGUAUGGCUAAGUGGUUUACAGUGCGCCACUGACUCUACACUGAGAAACUGUAAUUCACAGGGAUGGGGGCAAAACAGCUGUGGGCAUGAGAAGGAUGCUGGAGUCACCUGUCAGCCUAAAAUUAGGCUGGCGAAUGGCAACACCUCUUGUUCUGGACGAGUGGAGGUUUUCUAUAACGGUCAGUGGGGAACGGUGUGUGAUGAUGGCUGGGAUCUGUCAGAUGCUGCAGUGGCGUGUAGAGAGAUGGGAUGUGGGGAUGCUGUAGAGGCAAAGAGUGCUGCUUAUUUCGGACCGGGUGCAGGACAAAUAUUUAUGGGCAAUGUAAGCUGUGUUGGAAAUGAGGCCACACUGAGUGUCUGUGACUCACGUAAAUUUGGAAUGUAUGACCAUUCAAAGGAUGCAGGAGUCAUCUGUGACUCUCCUGUCAGGCUCAUUAAUGGAAGUAACUCUUGUUCUGGAAGAGUGGAGGUUCAUUAUAAUGGAAUAUGGGGAACAGUGUGCGAUAAUGGCUGGGAUCUGUCAGAUGCUGCAGUGGUGUGCAGAGAGGUGGGCUGUGGGGAUGUGAUUGAGCCAAAAAACGCUGCUUAUUUUGGACAAGGAUCAGGACCUGCAUGGCUAAGUGAUUUACAAUGUUCUAACACUGAAUCAAGUCUGCGAGAUUGUAAAUCAAGUGGAUGGGGGAAAGGCGGCUGUGGACAUGAGAAAGAUGCAGGAGUCAUCUGUCAGGAUAAAGUUAGGCUGGUCAACGGCAUCAGCUCCUGUUCUGGACGAGUGGAGAUUCUCCAAAAUAGACAGUGGGGAACAGUGUGUGAUGAUGGCUGGGAUGCGUCAGAUGCUGCAGUGGUCUGUAGACAACUGGGCUGUGGAGCCGUUUUGGAAGUAAAGAGUGCUGCUUAUUAUGGAAAGGGUUCAGGAAUAGUAUGGAUGAGCAAUGUAAACUGUUUUGGGAAUGAGUCAACAUUGAUGAACUGUUCAUAUAACAGAAGUCCAACCAGCUGUGGCCAUGAGAAAGAUGCCGGAGUCAUUUGUGGAUAUAUUAAAGUCCUGUUGAAGAUUGAAGUGAAGGCUGAAUUUGGAGUAAAUCCAAAUGAUGCUGGAAUUAUGAAUAAACUUUCAGAGGAGAUGGGAAAGAAGCUACAAAUAAAUGGAACUUUCUCACUGAGAACUCAGGCAGAUGGAAAUGUCUUCCAUAAGAGAAAAGGAAUUGCACCCUGACAUUUUGGUCAUUGCUGGCAUACAGAGAAGAAAACAAGGAUCUGCUAAUAGCAAAUUGAAUGCUGCAUCCUUCUAUACUUAUAACCCAACCUUUUAUAAAUAAGAUUUUCAUACAUGACAAUGCUUUAUAUAAUAUCCCUGCUUCAUAUAAUAUCUUUGUGUCAUAUCCUAACUUGCUAACCAAAAUGUACAUGUAAUAUAUACAGUAAUCUCGAUAGCCAAAUUUGUACAUAUAUGAACCUGUCUGGACUUUUAGAAUGCAGUUGUACAAAUUUAAUGAGUGUAGUUAAUAAUAAUUCAUUUUGAUUUAAUUCCAUUCUCAAACAAGAAUCAGAUUCAGACCAUUGUAAAGUUACAAUCCAUUUUGCCUUGGUUAUCAGUGUAAAAAAUUUCCUGGUGAGUUUCCAUGUUGUGACUGCUGUUACCUUGGUAUGGUAUCAUUUUUAUUAUAUUCAGGUAAUUAUUCCAGUUGCUUAGUUUUUGAAACAAGAAUGAAUCUUUCCACCCAUGUCAUAAUAGCACUGUUUAAGCCUCAGCGUUUGUGGUUGAUUAGCUGGUGUCUCACUUGUCAGGAUACUUAUGAGUUUUGCUAAUGAUUUGCAAUGGGUAAUGAACUGAAACAGACAUGUGCAUACAUUUAGCAGGAAAAGCAACCUAUUCCCAUUCAAUAACAAGGGGAACAACAUGCACAAUUACACUUUUAUUUGAGACAUGGCUUCAGAAGACAUGCAAUACAAGUAAUAAAGUACACAAGUGUAGUUUCUUUGUUGUCUUUUUUUAAAAACUUGACAGUCCAAAAGAAUGCAGGAUUUUUUGUGAAAGGUAAAUAUGAAAAAGCUUCACAGUUUGCAUCCUGUAAAUGGGGCCUGUCAGAGUAAUUAGGGAAGAACAACUCAUUUAAACAACCAAACAAAAUGCAAACAAUGCCUUCUGUUUAGUGUCAAGCAAAUGCUAUAUAUUUGCAAAAGCAUAAGUUUGAACAUGAUUACCAAAUUUUGAAAGACAGAAAAAAGAAAGUUGAAAGUGAUCAUAUCUAAGUGACAGAGUGAAUUAUUGUGAUCAAUACCAUAUAGUUUCUUUUAUGUCUAACUUGUUUGCAUCCCUAGGUCACGGCUUCCUCUUAUGUUCAAAUCGCUAACUACAACACCUGUGCUGUAAUUUUCAAAUAUAUGUAAAAUAAUACACUGAAAAGGUGUGAUUGUCAGGGUCAUCUGAAGGGAGGAGACAUAUGGGCAGGAGGUUGUACCCUGUAGAUAAAUAUACUAUAAAUCACCAACAUACAAACUUAUCUUUCAGAGGGAGAAAGAAGAAAGAAGCAUACAUGGGACACUUCAAAAGGUUUAAACCCUUAAUCAUAUUUUGA